AUGGCAUUCCCCGGCGGGUUCGGCGCCGGCGGCAUGGCAGGCGGAGCAGGAGCAGCAGGAGGGAACGUCGGCCUGAGCGACCAGGAACAACGGAUGGUGAAGAUGAUGCAAGCAGGCAUGGAAUCCUGCGUCGCCAAAUCCAUCCUCGCCGGCGGCGCGGGCUUCGUCCUCGGCGGCGCCUUCGGCCUGUUCAUGUCCAGUAUGGCAUACGACACCCCCCUCUCGCCUCAGGGCCAGCAGAUCACGGCCCUCCCCGUGCGAGAACAGCUGCGCCGCGGGCUCAAGGACAUGGGCUCGAAGUCGUACUCGUCCGCGAAAAACUUCGCCAUGAUCGGCGCGCUGUACUCCGGCACGGAGUGCUGCGUGGAGGGAUACCGGGCCAAGAGCGAUCUGUAUAACUCGGUCAGCGCGGGGUGUAUCACCGGGGCAAUCCUCGCGUACAAGGCCGGUCCGCAGGCUGCGGCGCUGGGGUGUGGUGGGUUUGCGGCGUUCAGUGCGGCCAUUGAUGCGUACAUGCGUAUGCCCGAGAGUGAUUGA